GGACACUUUUCCACCAUGCUGAUGGCAUUCUAAAUAUAUUUGUCAUUUUUUCCAAAUUUUAAUUGAGGAAAACCAUAAGAGUUUAUACUUGAGGACUGAAGUACGACUGCCAAUUAUCAGGCUUUCAGGAUGAAUCUGGAAAAACUCAGCAAGCCUGAACUCUUGACACUCUUCAGUAUUCUUGAAGGAGAGCUUGAAGCAAGGGACCUUGUUAUAGAAGCAUUAAAGGCCCAACACAGAGAUACUUUCAUUGAAGAACGCUAUGGAAAAUAUAAUAUCAGUGAUCCUUUGAUGGCUCUACAGAGAGAUUUUGAAACACUGAAGGAGAAAAAUGAUAGUGAUAAGCAGCCAGUGUGCACAAACCCACUCUCUAUUCUUAAGGUGGUGAUGAAGCAGUGCAAGAACAUGCAGGAACGCAUGCUGUCCCAGCUGGCUGCUGCCGAGAGCAGGCACMGAAAGGUAAUCCUAGACCUAGAAGAAGAAAGGCAGAGGCAUGCACAGGACACUGCUGAAGGAGAUGAUGUCACCUACAUGCUGGAAAAGGAGAGAGAGCGGCUGACUCAGCAGUUGGAAUUUGAAAAAUCCCAAGUAAAAAAGUUUGAAAAAGAGCAAAAGAAGCUCUCUAGUCAGCUGGAAGAGGAGCGCUCCCGCCACAAGCAACUCUCAUCCAUGUUGGUGCUUGAGUGCAAGAAAGCCACCAAUAAGGCUGCCGAGGAAGGGCAGAAGGCCGGAGAGCUGAGCCUGAAAUUGGAGAAAGAGAAGAGCCGGGUGAGUAAACUGGAGGAGGAGUUAGCAGCAGAGAGGAAGCGAGGCUUGCAGACUGAGGCCCAGGUGGAGAAGCAACUGUCUGAGUUUGAUAUUGAAAGGGAACAACUGAGAGCAAAACUGAACCGAGAAGAGAACCGGACCAAAACUCUGAAAGAAGAGAUGGAAAGUUUAAAGAAGAUAGUGAAGGACCUAGAGGCUUCCCACCAGCACAGUAUCAGUGAUGAGCAAUUGACGAAACCAGUAACUAUGUCCAAAGGCACAGCAACGGAGCCUCCCAUGCUAGUGUCUGUAUUUUGCCAAACAGAGAGUGUUCAGGCAGAAAGAAUCCAUGGAAGCAUCAUAACCAAACCAACAAACGCGGGGCUGCCAGGUCCCACCACUCCUCCUUACUCUUAUGCAAAAACCAAUGGCCAUUGUGACCCAGAGAUCCAAACYACCAGGGAGUUGACAGCAGGCAGCAGUGUAGAAAACCAAGUGCCUCCRCGAGAGAAAUCUAUAGCACUGACCCAAGAGAAACUAGUGGAAAAUGGUGGGUGUCCUAUAGGAACUGAGACUCCAGCCCCAAUGCCCAGUCACCUCCCUUCCAGUGGCAGCUCACUGUCUCCCAGCAGCACUGCCUCCUCCUCUCUAACAUCCUCUCCUUGCUCUUCACCAGUACUCACUAAACGGUUAUUGGGGUCGUCAGCUAGCAGUCCCGGCUACCAGUCAUCCUACCAGGUAGGGAUCAACCAGAGGUUCCAUGCAGCCCGGCACAAAUUUCAGUCCCAAGCAGACCAGGACCAACAAGCCAGUGGUCUACAGAGCCCUCCAUCCAGGGAUCUAUCCCCCACCCUCUUAGAUAACUCUGCUGCCAAACAGCUGGCCCGAAACACAGUCACUCAGGUGCUCUCCAGAUUCACUAGCCAACAAGGGCCAAUCAAGCCCGUCUCUCCCAACAGUUCUCCUUUUGGCACAGACUAUCGAAAUCUGGCCAACACUGCCAACCCAAGAAGUGACACCAGCCAUUCACCUACUCCGGGGAAAGUAUCCAGUCCUCUGAGCCCCCUGUCUCCAGGAAUCAAGUCCCCUACCAUCCCCAGAGCUGAGAGAGGAAACCCUCCACCUAUCCCACCCAAAAAACCUGGCCUCACCCCUUCUCCGUCUGCUGCAACUCCACUGACCAAAACGCAUUCCCAGGCAUCCUCUUUGACCACCACAGAAGACCUUGCCAGCAGCUGCUCUUCCAAUGCUGUGGUGGCCAAUGGCAAGGACGUUGAGAUACUUUUGCCUACCAGCAGCUAGUCCCCAGGAGGGAGUCUCCAAAUCUGACAUUCCAUCAGAUUUCGUCCAAGAGGUCAGAAUGAGACCAUUGAGUCAGAUUAUGUUAUUUAUUUUGAUAGUAGCUGAAACCAUCUGUAUAAUACAUUUAGUGUAUUUUACCUUUUUGUAUUUUUUUAAGUAGAAACUGAGUAGUUUGGAUUUGUAUGGCUUACAUCUUUGUACUGAAGCUAGAAAGACAUUGCAAAAAUAUUCAAGCUCAGCAAUCACCCUAAUGUUGUGAUCAAGAAAGUUAAUUGAGUACCAGGUGGUGAUCUGCUGUUUAUUUCGGGACCAGAAUUACUCAACACUCAUUUUGAAUUAUGCAGAAGUGGUUCAUGCAGAUUUUUAUUCCAGAUGAACAUGUUUUAAAAGUGCCUGAAAUAAGACUGCCAUAUGAAUGUGAUUCUGCAGCAAAAACAAAAUGGAUCAUUUAAUUGCAGAAAGAGAUCCUCUGUGAACUCUGAAUGUUAAAAACCAACACUGCGUUUAAUCCUCUUUUACUGUUUUUUUUUUUAAAUUUUAAUACAAGCUUUGUGUUCUGAAAACAAGGCUGCAUAAGUAGGAUGGGAAUCCUUCUAAAGGUGGGUGUGAACUCUCCAUAAAGCAAAGCUUUGUAGAGCCCUUGAGAAGCCCUCUUGAGCAUUAAAGAGUUGGGGUGCUGAUUUUCUUACACUUUUGAAAAAUUAAGUCGUUCCCAAUUUCCUGCAUAAAUUCUUCAAUAGAAUGAAAUCACACCUCUAUUCAAAAAUGUCUUCAAGCAUCUACUGUUGUUGUGUAAGGAACUUCUGAUUGCUUUUACUUGAAUAGGAAAUGGUUACUCAUUUUGUAUAAAAGUUUUGCAACAGAAUGAAAUCUUUAUUCUGUAAUCAAAAAGCAAUAACUUAAAAUUCACUCUCUUUCUAAUAUUGUAAGUCAGAACUAUACAGGAUUUACCAAAUUGUUUCAUUUAUUCUCUAAGCUGCCAGCACUUGUCUGUAUCUGUGGAACCAAAUUACCUUUUACCUAGAUGGAAAUAUACAUAUAUCUGUAUAGAUACAUACCCCUUUACAUUUUAACAUACACACACUUAAAAACACAUAAAAAUAUUAGUAUGAUUAUAUCUUUGGAGUUUGCAAUAUAGCAUAAAGGACAAGUAGAAUUGCAUAUUAAGAUUACCUACCAAAGCAAUUAAAUAUGGCUGGGACCCAAUCAAAGGAGGAAUCUCAUCCACAGGGAAGUGGAGAGAUUUCAGAUGAAGCCUGUCCUCAGCAUCAUAAAAAGGCACAGCUGAACUAACCCCAGUGUCACAGAACUCAACUGUUCAUGUGAAUGAGUGAAACUGAUCACUCCCUCAAGUGAUGUCAAACCGCUUGGUGCUAUGGAACAUGUAGCAAACUGAAGUGCCCCACUCCCACUUAAAAGGGCCACCCCAUUCAGCUCCAGCUGCUUGCUGCUGUGUAAGAAUGCUAGACACAGGUUACCAGCUCUUCCAAUUUUUUUAUGAAAUCCAAGUUUUCAUGAGAAACUUUCUCAUUUUUAAAUAACAAGAACUGACUCAAAAGUAGUAUAAGURCCACCGGUUAAACAAACGCUUUUGCAACUGGAUUUAGCUUGCAAGCUGCUAAUUUCCAACCUCUUUCAUUCUUGAAACUGCCAUGUCCAUGAUAGUGAAGACAGAAGCCUCAAGACUUGCAACUGUAUGGCUAGUAUACUCCUGACCAAGUCCACAGAAUCUGACUAUUCCCGUCUUCCAAACAGGGACUCCACUCUCAGUUCAGACAUGGUGGUUAUAUGAUUUUUGUAUCCACAGGGAGAAAGAGGCCUUCAUGUUCACAUACAUUCUCUUAGCCAACCUCUCCAGCAGCCCAUAAUCUGCUAUAAUUUAAUUCUGUUUCUUAAUCUGAGUUGAGAGGGGAAAGGCAAUUGUGAAAAUUAACGUAUAAAUCACAACAAAGUAUACAACUGACUCCACAGCUAAUAAUUUGAUUAAGUCAAAUACAUUAAAAGAAGAAAAUGCUAUUGAUGCCCCAGAGUAUCUAUCAAAAUGAUGAGGGGGUAUCUUAAACUUUCCAAAGCUAUCAUGUUAAACUUUAUUCCAUUGCAUAGCCAAAAUGAACAGUGUUGAUAAAAUAGCUGAGCCUUCUAAAUAGGAUGGAAGGCUACAGUGCCAGAGUUAUUACCUCUCUUGCUUUAAAUGGUAAUCUUAAAAGUUGCAUUGUGCUCUUCCUUUGUUUUGGGAUAGAUAUAUAUAGAGAUGCUAUAAGGAAGUUUAUUUCUUAGGAAGUGCACUGAAUAAUGUAUUUCUUUUACAGUGUAAUAUGGGGUUGGGGAUAUGCAAGAGAAAUGUGUAUUUUUGCUAGUUGCCUAUCUUCUGAGAUAAAUAAGCACAAUCCUGCAAUGGAUCCAGUAAUUCAAGUUAGAUAUUAUAGAUUAGUAUUUAAGUUUGCCGUAGGUUGUGUGUGUGUGUGCUAAGUAAAAGUUCCACAAUUCACAAUUUUGGUAUUAACCCACGUUGAAAAAGCUGUUACUGGUCAACAGAUUGUAAUGAUGUGCAACAUAUAAGCAUUAACCAAUCUUUAACAUAUUUGUAAAGCCAAAUGUACCAUGCAGAAGUCUUCAUUCAUUUUUAUAGCAGAUUACAUUAAAACAAGUUGAAUCAUACUGUCUGGGGGAAAAUAGUCUUGUUUAUACAAAGUGAAAAAUGUUGCACAAUUUGGGCAUAUUUUUUGAGAAGGGGGGGUGGUGGUGUAGAGGAAGGA